CUGAUUGUAAACAUGUUUACAACGCUCCACAGCGAGGAUACGGAGUAUUCGGCGGAUUCCGUGGAGUGGCUGCCGGAGGAUGAUCCGGAAACGGGCUUCUUUGCCUGCGGUACCUACCAGUUGGUCCAGGAUGACGCGGAAGCCCCCGAAGAAGCUUCUCCCAAAGGUCGUCCCCGCAAAGGUCGCGUUUAUUUAUACCAAUUCGGUAACACAAAUUCUGCACUGGAGCGGCUGCAGUGCAUCGAAACGUCGGCCAUACUGGACAUGAAGUGGCUGCCAGCUUGGUCUGGUGAUGGCAAUCCACUCCUAUCCACCGUAAAUUCAUUGGGUCAACUGGAGAUCUAUCAAUUUCUAAGGGAUGACAAGAAACUACAGAAACGCACGUGUUUUUCUCUGGAAGAGGAGGCGCACAAGGAAUCGCCAUUGGCUCUGGCCCUGGAUUGGCGGCAGGAAGAGCAGCACAUUCAACUGGCCAUCUCGGAUUCCAAGGGAGGCCUGAAUCUAUUGAAGUACUCGCCACAGGGUGAGGUAAUCCGGGAGCGUUCCUGGUCUGCUCAUGGUUUUGAGGCCUGGACCUGUGCCUUUGAUCGCUGGUCACCGCAUCUCUUGUAUAGUGGUGGCGACGAUAUGCUCCUCAUGGCCCACGAUUUGCGCACGGAGCAGCGAGCAUGGACGAAUCGGGCCCAUAUGGCUGGAGUCACUUGCCUGCUCAGUCAUCCGAAGCACGAAAACCAUCUGCUCACGGGCAGCUACGAUGAGCAGCUCCGGUUAUUCGAUACCCGAGCCAUGAAGCGAACUCUGGCGGAACUGGACUUGGGCGGAGGCAUCUGGCGGCUAAAGCCGCAUCCCGCCUACCCCGAUCUUAUCCUGGCCGCCUGCAUGUACACCAACUUUAGCCUGGUGCAGCUGGAUGCCAAGGAUCCUAGCCUGUGUUUACUGGGAGCCUAUGAGGAGCACAAGAGCAUCUGCUAUGGCGCCGAUUGGGGUCCUGGUUCUAAUAAGGACGAUGGAGCCUUGAUUAUGGGCACCUGCUCGUUUUAUGAUCAUAAGUUGUGCGUCAGUCGCGUGGAGAUUGGCAAAUAAAUUGAAAUUUUCUGUAUUUUAAAUUUAAGUGUAGAUUUUUACAAAUGUUAUGUUUUGUAAUGCAUUUUUCACCAAUAAGAAAUAUUAAUCAAAUCAAGUUAUAAAAAGUUCCUCUACUAUUUUAUUUUAAAUAUAUUCAAUACCUGUUUUGUCGGAUAAUAAGUCAGAGAUCGAAAAUAAAUUAAAGAAAAGUUUAUUCUCCCUUAUUUCAUAACGCUGGAAUACACUUUGAGAUUAGGAUCUUAAAAAAAUCACAAAUAAAUAAAUUUUUCGAUUUGUAUUAAUUAAAUAAUAAUAGUAAAAUCCUGUUAAUAUCUAGAAUUAUUUUUGAAAAACCAUCCAUCCCUGGAUCGAUAGCACUUGGACCUUGGAGUAGCCCUGGGCGAUCAAUCGUUAUCGCUGAGAGAAGAUUUUGUGUUGCCAUCCCUUGAGGAAACAUUCGAAUUUGCAGAUAAUACAUGUAAUUGGUUGAUUUCAGCUUCUGUCAUGCAUCCUGAACAAAAUCCAACCCACAAUGUGGACGAGGCAGUACUUGACCGGGCGCGGGAGAGCAUCGAGGAGAUGCACCAGCUUGUGCAGACUCUGAUGGUUGACCUAAAGGACGAAUCCGGGGCCGCACAGAUGGUGGCCCUGACCAUUAACGAGCGCAUCCUGCAGCUGAUCAGCGAUUGCGAAGAGGCACAAAGUGAGGAGCAGAUGCUCAACCAGGAACUGCAGCGAUUCCAGGACAAAUAGACAAAUGGCUGGAGAGCGUGCGGUUAAUUUUGAUUUGUUUUAUAAAUACAUAUGUAAAAUAUA